CUUCGAACAGAUUAGUUGAACUUGACAUGCACAUUCUGUUUUGCCACAAGUACAGGGUGCAGUUUUUUCUUUCUUUUUGCGUGUCUCGUUUCAUGACAUGGUUUAUUUUAUAGUUGUUUAGGGUUCGAGGCUACUGCGGACAAUAUCGCCUUCUACGUGGUCCUACUAAUCACGCGUACGUUCGUGGUAAUGGACGACCGCGGGACGAGUUACGAAACACAACGACGACCAUGGAUGGCGCUGUGUGUUGUUGUAUUGACGGUGGUGAUAACUCAAGUGAGAGUGAAUUGUGAGAUAACCUCCUCCGUGAUCGCCGCCGAAAAAGAGUGGAGAACUUUAACUUCUGAGGACUACCCCUUCCGCUAUCGAAGCAACACUUUUGAUGCAUUUUUGUUGCGAGCGAAACAUUCAGAUGACGUCAUCGAUAUCAUCAUGGAGGCGAUGAAACUCGAAUCACAACCCAGUAACUGUCCAAGUGACUAUCUGGAAUUUUAUGAUGGCUCGUACACAAACGGUUCUCUUCUAAAACGAGCCUGCACCUUGGACAAGGCGUGUUUCUCUGGAACAAACGGCACAAUGCUCAUCAUCUUCCGGUCUGAUUCGUCUAGAGAGGGAAAAGGUUUCAAGAUCAGCUACAGAAGUAGCGAAAGAAAUGACGCCUGUUCGAGCGGCUCACUUCCUUUCCGGUGGAUCGGUCAACUGAUUGGCGUCGCCAUAGCAAUCAUAGUGCUCUGUGCAUUCUGGGAGUUCUUCAAGAAGAAACAUGGCCGCCGAGAGCGACUGUCUGGUCGCUGUUUGAAGCUGAGCGCGUGCUGCUCGAACUACGCCAGCGAUCGACUCCACACGUGUCGGAAUAAAUGCUCCUGCUUCAGCAGGCUCGUCCAUUCUCUUGUUUCGCGAUUUAGAAGAAAUGGACAGGAACCAUCGCGCGUUACGCCUGAGAUCUCAACGCUGCCGAGUAACGGUCAAGGGACGUUACCCGCUGGAACUUUACCCGACAGGAAUGCCAUAUACGGUGUUGGGUCGUUUGAAAACGAGGCGUUUGACGAUUCGGACUUCUCAGUAACCCCGCCCCCUUAUCCAAGAGAGUUCGCGGCGGAACCCCCACCGUAUGAGAUGUGUGUGUCUAAUGAACAUCCGCAUCUGGAUGAGCAGCCGCCAUCUUAUUCGGUUUCACAGUCUCAAAUUAGUGAGAGCGGAACUGACGUCACAACCCAAAUAUCUUUCAUAUCGCCCCCACCGUCAUAUGACCACGUGAUUCUGAACCCAAAUAAUUACAGGUGCAACUCAUAAUGAGUUGGGGUGGGGGGUUUUUUCGUUGUUUUAUUUGUCAGUGUUUUUUUGUGUGUGUUUUUUUAAAUAAUGUUACACUACUAAUUUACUUGUGAUAUUAAAUUUGCGCAAUCAUAGUUCACUUUGGUAUAAAUAUUUGUGCAUAUACAUGUUAUAACUUAAUUGUUUUUAUGCAAACCAUUAGAAACGACGCACACACACACACACACACACACACACCACACACACACACACACAUACAUACACACACACACACCAAACGAAAUGAGAAUAUUUAUAUAGGGUUUUAUUAAUGAUAAAAUUAGUUCCGUAUUUAGAGUGCCAAUUUUUAAAAACGGAAUGACUAUUUCGGGAACCAGUCGAAAUAGUAAACGCAAAAGUUAGGUUUAGCCAACGCUUGUUAAACUGGUGGUUUUUUUGUUUGUUUGUUUGUUUGUUUGUUUUUUGUUUGUUUUUUUAACGCUAUACACUAAACCGAAUAGCAUUUCGGAAACUAGUCAAAAUAGUUUGCAAACGUUUAUGAAAAACGUUUCCAUGAACUUAGGCAAGUUAUUUUUCGUUAACGCUUGUUAGACUGGGUGUUUUGUUUUUGUUUUUUUUGUUUUUGUUUUUUUAAAUUUUACGCUACACACAAAACUGAAUGACCGCUUCGGGAAUCAGUCGAAAUACUUUGCACACGUUUAGCUCAAAACAAAAUGGUUGUUUGAGAAUAGGCCUGACUUAAACUAGAGUCGUAGACUACCGUGAAUUUACUGCAAACUGAAAAAGGUGUGCAACUAACAAAGCUUUUCAGUGGCGGAUCCAGAAAAUCCAUUUAGGGGGACCCAGUGACAUGAGGUGGAAUGCCAAGGGAACAUUGGGGGAGGCUUGGAGGGGGAUCGUAAAAAAAAUGAAAAUUAAUAUAUAAUAAAAUUACAACUAUCGCAAAAUUUAGGGGGGGGUCCGGGCCCCUGGGGCACCCGUAGAUCCGCCUCUGCUUUUUGUCUGUAUUGUUUAAUGUGUUUCCGAUCGUCCAAAUAUUUUGAAACAGCUCAAACUUUCUUUUACUUUCUAUUGUAUAUUUUUGUUUGCAUGUAAUACUAUGCUAGUAUCAGACUACCAACUGUCAGCAGAAAGUUGCCCAACUUUCUGCUCUCGCGACUUUUACGACUGUCCAGUUGCUAGUCAGAGUGCUCUUACAACUCGAUUCUCGUCGUAUAACCCAUUAGUUGUUUACACAUAUCUGAGCGCACGCGUCUUACCAUUGGAGUUUGGCAAAUUACAACGAAACCUUCGAGUUGAUCAACAUCGUCGUGACAGUUGACAGUCGGAAAUUAGCAUUACAUAAUAUUAUGAUUGUACGAUAAAGUCCACUUUGUAUAUCAUUCUAAACCACGAAAUGUUGGCCUAUUUAAUGUCCUUUUUAGUUGCUAAACACGCUCUAUUAGUCAGACAUGUAAUACAAUAGCAACAAAGAGCAGUUUAUUUCAGGCAAAUUACUCUGUGAUAUCAUAAGUGUAGAAAUAAUAACCUCUAUUCAGUGCCGUACCUAGAGGCAGACAGGGGGGUAGCUGCACACCCUCGGGGG